CUGUGCCGCGUGCAGCUGCCGCCUGUGUAAGGACCAUUUGAUCCACGUUGGGCUCAUUAAUCGUCCUGUUAAUGAUGAACAUGAGCCUCUCUGUAACGCCGGAGCUGACUGGCAGCUUGUUGCGCAGCUCUCAGGUCAGCUGGUAGCAGCCCACCGACCUCUCAGGAGCGAGUGAGCGUUUUGAAUCAUGCGUGUUGACAGCGGCACUAAACCACGAUGGUAGGCACAAUACACGACCAGAAGCAGCCUGACACUGUCUCACGGUGCGGGAAUGAAUGAACCGAGGACACCAUUUUUAACUGGGACUAUCUGAAGACGCUGAGUUGGGAGUAUUGUGGGGAUACGCUACCCCCUCCUUAAGUGCCGUCUCCCGCCGGAGCCACUUUCUUCAGCGUUUGGUUGAAGCCAGAUUUUCGCAGUUCUCAAACAUUUUCUUUUCUGACCUUUUCCGGCACUCGACGAUUGGAUACAUAUAUGAUGAAGUUUAAGCCCAACCAGACCAGGACGUACGACGGAGAAGGGUUCAAGAGAAGAGCGGCGUGUUUGUGUUUCAAAAACGAAAAAGAGGACGAGGUGCUACUGGUGAGCAGCAGUCGACAUCCUGACCAAUGGAUCGUGCCCGGAGGAGGAAUGGAGCCUGAGGAGGAGCCCUGCGGGGCGGCCGUCAGGGAGGUGUACGAAGAAGCUGGUGUGAAGGGAAAGCUUGGCAGACUGCUUGGGAUUUUUGAGCACAAUCAGGACCGAAAGCACAGGACGUACGUCUAUACCCUCAUAGUGACGGAGACACUGGAAGACUGGGAGGACUCUGUCAACAUUGGAAGGAAGAGGAAGUGGUUCAAGGUUGACGAAGCCAUCAAGGUUCUGCAGAGCCACAAGCCUGUCCACGCAGAGUACCUACACAGACUUACAAACACCUGCAAUCCCACGUGCAGUACCGCGUGUAACCCGACUAACGGCAACAGCCCGAGCUCCCAAGUGACAGACAACAACGCUCCUCACUAUGUUGUUUGCUCCUCACAGGGCUCAGAUCUAUUUAACAGAUAGGAACGGCAUCAGCAGUGAGCGGUUCUUAUGAGAGGACGUGAAAGUGGACAUAUGAUCUGAAAAAGACUUUUGCAUUCAUUAAAUUACUAACGCAGCCUCUUAAUAUGUACAGUACGGACUUCUUGAAGUUGAUUUGAAACGCUUUUGAAGUGGGCUUGAAGAGUGCCAAAACGUUUUCCAAGUAUAUUUAAUAUUUUAUAUGUAUAUUUUUUACCAUCACCAGCUAAUAGAGCAAAUGUGUUGCUUUAAAGCGUUCCGCUUUAGACAGAUUUUCUCAGUGUGUUGCUAAUGCACCUUUUCUAGUCUUACAUGUUGAAUAUUUGAUUGGCAGUGCAGGCAGUGUUUGGUUGGCUUCCUGAAGGCCAGUACUGGGAAGUGCUGUCUCUUAAAGGAAGUCCUAUCCCCACAGUGACUCACUGCCAAAUGAUUUCAUUCUGCAAGACAUUUUGAAGAGGAGUAGCUACACGUGUAUGAAUAUUAUUACUACAGUUAAUUUUUUGUGAUCUGUUCUGACACUUGGGGAGUUGAUCUACUGUCACCUCACCAUGGUUCAAGUCCUCUGAGGUAUUUCGCCUAAAGAGAGUGAGGGCAAAGUCUACGUUGAUGUACCAAGUGUGAACAACAUUGCUCCUCGUGUAUCUGCCACAAGUACACACAAUAUUGUCCCUUAUCACUAGUAACAGUGUAACACUGUAAUAAAGAUUAGAGGAAUAUCUGCAAACCAGCCACCACACUGAAAUGAAGGCUUAAAUAGUCCUGCCUCAAAUAUCCUUUUAUUUGUACAUAUCUCAGAUGUUUUCACAUUACAGUUACAGUAUACCGGCACAGUUCAGAUAAAGACCAGUCUCUGUGUAGGGGAACAGACUUGCAGUCAAGUAAUCAAAACUCACAAAUGUGCCAAAGAAAGAUAGUACUUAACACUACAAACACUUUUGUAGAUUGCAUCAUACAAGAAAUUAUACAUAUCUUCACAAGAAACUAUCACUAAGUGCAUUUGACAAAUGUGAACUGUUAAUGUCUGAGAACACAAUAAGGGGGAUUUUGUUUUAGAGGACAGUUACAAUGUGUUGUGCUUUAGUCUGAUUCUCUUAAGUGCCUUCACAAACACAACAGUAAAGUGUGUUUAGUUUAUAAAUACUGUACGUCCCACAGCACUGAAGCAGUGCAGACUGCCUUACACACGUGGAAACCAGCCCCCUUUUUAUUUCUCAGCUUUGGUUAGAUUUGAACUAUAGGAUGUUGAAGGAAACUUGGGUUUGUGGUUACAAUUGAAUGUACAGUAUUUAGUAUGCAUUAACUGAAAUUAUGUAUGUGUCAUGGGGAAAUACCCCUUCCGGCCAGAAACAGGAAACACUGCGGCCAGGCUUUUUUUUUUCUCUUUUUUUUUUUUUUUGGGUCAACACCUCAGAAAGAGAGGUCAAAAACAAAUUAUGUUAUAAUUUUAAUUUCACUUUGACUAUCAGUGGCUAUUAUACCUGGGAUAAAAGGAAAUGUCAUUUAUUAAGCCUUUUUUCUAUUUGUGUGUGACUGGAAUAUUCUGCUGUGCAACAUCAUGUUAUAAAUAAAACCUUUUAAAUAAAAAAAAA